AUGCUCGACCCACACGAGUGUGGCCUCUCCUUCACAUCGGAUCUUGUCAACGGCCACCCGAGCUCUUUUAUAUCUCCAUUAGCACUGCCUGUCGCCAACCAAACGCCAUACUUUGACGAGUCCCAGCUUAGUUCAUUACCGCCUGGAAACCAUAUGCACCCUUCAAACGUCAAAAACAAAGCACAACGAACACUGCCUCAGUCCCAGCAACACCAUCUUGCGCCUCGUCGCAACCCUCCAAACGUCCGCGAACAGCGUGCUGCUAGCCUUUCGCCCUCGCGUUACCAAGAACAGACUCGAACAGCGGGAUCUCGUGUGACAUCACCCUCACUGCUCCCUGUGAACGGCAACUCCCUCCUCUCGUCGCCGGAGCAGAUAAGCAGCCAAGUUAUCGCUCUCCAACUCCGUCGUGUCACACUGCAGAAUCGGAGGCUGUUGGAGAACUGGGAGGCCGAGCGCGCCCACCUUGAAGCAAAUCGAGCCAGAGCCGAGGAGAUAUACAAGGAGGAGCGGGCCAUGAUGGAUGACGAUAGGUUGAUUUGGGCCCGCGAGGAGGAUCAACUACUAGCGAGGAUCAGGCAACUCGAACAGGAGAACACGGAGCUACGGACGAAAGUCGAUCAGCUGACACGGGGGUCAGGCGGUGCUGCUCCCUUGGGACGCGGCACCGACGGGGCGUUGGAUCCUGCCACUCAUGCCGGCGGCGUGGGGUUUGCAGGAAAUGCGGCUAGUACGGCGAAUGUCCAUGUUCCCACAGUUAUGUUUCGAAGCCCUCCUGAUGGAGUGUCUCCUGGGCCUGGGAUGACUGCCCCAGAGUCGCACCCCUUCGUUCCUUUGGAUCCGCGCAUGCAGUCCGCAUCACCUGGCGCCGGGUCUGCAGAAAGCUGUUCACCAGUUCAGGAACGAAUCCCCUCAAUUGAUGUACACGAGCUCAUUCCGGAGCUUGAAGGUAUUCGAAUAAAGGGAUCCGCUGUCCAGAAGGUGACCUUCACAGACGGCGCAUCGUCGGUUUCGCCUCUGGCGGGAUCAAAGAAACCUUCGCCUGUGGGCUCCAACAACGACUCGCCUAGCAGUCGGUCGAAGUCUUCUCCAGCAGAGCUGACCAAAGAGGCCCUCCAAGCACCAGCAAACGAUCGGCUCACGAUGCACGCUGGGCACACACCCAACCAUAGCCUUUCUUGUUUCCCAACUGUAGUCUCUACCGAGGCAAACAACACGGCCGGUAGCUCCGGUACGUCGACGCCUAUCCGACAACCGACUAGCAAGGGACUCCAAGUGGGCGAUGAUGGGGCAUCUGCUGCCAACGCUGAUGUGAAUGGACAGCAUGAUGGUGGCUCCGAGGAUGCGCUACCACCGCUUCGACCCAGUGAUGGGGAUGCAGAACUGAAGGGUCCGCUCAUGAUUCGCAACAUGCCCCAACACGACGAAAUAUUCCUUCACAAGCUUGAUGAACAACUUCAGACAUCCCUGAAGGAGGACAACGCCACACCAACGGUCCUUAAAAACGGCAUUGACGAGACACAUACCAGACCUUUGGUUCCUCAGCAGUCACUAGUCUCUGGAGCAGACGGCACUGUUGAGAAGGAGUUGAACCAGGAGGAGAACGACAUGGCUGAGAUUCCUCUUAGGUUCAAAUCCAGUAACAAUUUCGGUCGGCCCUUGGGAAGUUCGGGAAGUCACCCCCCUAACUAG